AAUGUAGUUUAAUACUGGAGUCGGAAAGAGUGUGUGUAAGUGAGUGAGUGAGUGUGUGUGAGUGUGUUAGUGUGUGUUCAACCUGGAGUAGAAGAGGCGCAUGAUACAUUCAGGAUACUGACAUGGGCAACGGGGUUAAUAAGGUGCUGCCUGGCCUUUAUUUGGGCAAUUUCAAAGAUGCCAGAGACAGAGAGCAGCUGGCCAGAAACAACAUCACGCACAUCCUGUCCAUUCACGACACUGCAGCACCCAUCUUACAAGAGAUGACCUAUCUCUGCAUCCCGGCUGCUGAUCUUCCCACGCAGGACCUGAAGAAGCAUUUCAAGCAGAGCAUCAUGUUUAUGCAUGAGUGCAGGCUGAAAGGAGAAGGAUGUCUGGUCCACUGUCUGGCGGGUGUGUCGCGCAGCGUUACGCUGGUCGUGGCUUACAUCAUGACAGUGACGAGUCUGGGCUGGCAGGAGGCGCUGGCAGCGGUCAGGGCGGCACGGCCCUGCGCCACGCCUAACCCCGGCUUUCAGAAACAGCUGCAGGAGUUUCAGAGCACGCAGGCGGAAGAGUUUAGGGAUUGGCUGAGGAGUGAGUAUAAAGAUUGUCCCUUUGACGACGAGGAACACGUACGCAACCUGCUCGCUCAGGCCUCCAGGAAGAGCGCAGGAACCGAGGGCAACCCCAGGGUGAACAUGUGAAGCUCCAGCGAGAUACGCCUUCUCCACGGCGAUCACUGUGCUGCUUAAGCGAGAUCUUCUCGCUGUUUUCGUCUGCUCCUUUUCACAUCCUGGCCUACAACUGUUCUUUAACUUAUUGCCUCUUUUUGUACAUAAACAUUGCUGAUGUUUUUACCUGAAUAAAAAGAACUCAUGUUGGAACCUGG